CAGUUGGUUCGUGACAAGCUUGAGUGUAGAUGAUAAGAUGAUAACCAUUGUAGGUUGUCACGUGAAUGAUUGGUCCCUGGUAACUUGUUUAUUUACCCUUGGAAGAAUAUGACGGAAAAAAGAAAAAAAAACCUCAUUUCAACAUUGAGGGGUAGUUCUACUCAUGGCAUCGACGCGGUUCAAGAAUGUGAUUGCAGCCCAAUUGGCUGAACUCACAGGAGGAGACGCUUCAGUCAUUGUUCGCGCGAUCGGCCGACCCAAAGUCAAGGGUCAUGGAACUUUUACCGUCUCUUUACCUCGACUCUUCCCUACUCAAAAAAAUGUUUCGGAAAACAAGUCUCCGGCGGGAUUAUUGUUACCAGAAACUCUAGGAGGGGACAAGGGCCUCAAGAGAAAAACAAAAAAGGGGGAAAUAAAUGAUUCAAUUGCUCAAGAUGUCAGAAAAGAGUUUUUAGCAAGGAUACCCCAUGAGUUUGACACAAGCGGUCCUAUUCGGUCAAUUACACCAGUUGGUCAGUUUCUUAAUUUCAGUGUGGAUGAGCGUCAGUAUACACGCGAGACUAUUCUGGAGGUCGUGAAAGCCGAGGAAACAAAACAACAAACGCUCUCAUCAUCAAAGGCUGGAUCGACAACACAUUGGACUCGACAACAGAUCGCUAGUCUUGGAUAUGGAUUAGAUCCAAGCCUUGGACAAGGUCAAAUCGUGGCUAUGGACUAUAGUUCACCCAAUAUUGCAAAACCAUUUCAUGGAGGACAUUUACGUGGAACGAUUCUCGGCAAUUUUGUCACACGAUUGUUACGAGGAUUUGGAUAUCAAGUAAUUGGUAUCAAUUACUUGGGCGACUGGGGAAAACAAUAUGGUCUGAUGGCAGUUGGAUUUGAUCGUUAUGGCGACAGAACUAAACUUCGUCAGGAUCCUAUAAAGCAUCUUUACGAUGUAUAUGUCAGGAUCAAUCGAGACAUCUCUGAAAAUCCGGAACUAGAUAAGCUUGCAAAUCAAUACUUCAAACAAAUGGAAGAAAACGAUCCUCAGGUUCUAUCGCUUUGGCAAGAAUUUCGUUCUCUUUCUAUCGAUUUUUAUAAGGUGAUCUAUAAGCGGCUUGGAAUUGAAUUUGAUGUCUAUUCGGGUGAAUCCGAAAGUGUCAAAUAUGUUCCCCAAGCAUUCGAGCUCUUACGUGAGAAGGGACUUUUAAGGGAAGAGAGCGAUGGUGCCUGGAUUGUUGAUCUGACAGAGUAUGACUUGGGUAUCUGUGUAUUACGUCGGGCAGAUGGGACAACGUUGUAUUUAACCAGAGAUGUGGCUGCCUGUCUUCAACGACAAGAGCUUUUCAAGUUUGACCGACAUUUGUAUAUGAUUGGAGAUGAUCAAAACUUGCAUAUGAAACGACUGUUCAAGAUCAUGGAGCUGGCCUUUGCAGAAGAGGCGGCUACUCAUUCUCAAACAUCUUCAUUACCCCAUUGGAGUCGAAACCUUCAGCAUAUCUCCUUUGGUAAGGUUCAGGGCAUGUCAACUCGGAAAGGUAAAGCCGUGUUUUUGGAGGACAUUCUUGAUACUGCUCAGAGCACUAUGUUGGAAAAGAUGAAGGAGAAUGAAACAAAAUUUGAAGCUGUCAAGGAAUUAUUCCAACGACAGCAACAGCAGCAACAACAGCAGCAACAACAACAGCAACAGCAACAGCAACAGCAACCACAAGAAUGGAGUCAACACAACGAAGAGAGUGGUGUUGAACUAGUUGCGGAUCAGUUAGGGAUUUCUGCGGUGGUGAUUCAGGAUUUCCAAGCCCGUAGUUCCAAAGGAUAUGAGUUUAGCUGGAAGCGCAUGACGGAUUCUAUCGGCAACACUGGCAUUUAUCUUCAGUAUGCUCACGCACGUCUUUGCGGGAUUGAAAGCAGAUCGGGUGCACGGUUGAAUUUUCAAGCUAAUACGGAUCUGUUGACAGAACCAGAAGCGUUUGAGUUGACAAAUGUGAUUUCCAUGUACCCGGAAGUAACCUUGCAGGUCCUUCAAACGUUUGAGCCGUCGAUGGUUGUAAAUUAUCUGUUUGAACUCUCACAUGCCAUCAGUUCCGCUAACCAAGUGUUGCAGGUGAAAUCUGUGGCAGAAUCUGGGCAACAAGAUUUGGCAGAGGCUCGAAUGUUACUUUUAUGGUCUGCACGCGUAACCCUUGGUAACGGGAUGAGACUUCUUGGACUUGAGCCGCUAGAAAGGAUGUAA